AUGCGAUUAGCGACCGGAUCUGCAGGGACGAUGCGGUCCUGCGGUCCCUUCCCGCGGUCCCGUCCCGCGGUGCCCGUGACGUCACAACAGGGGGACUCCUGUUUCGGAAUCAAAAUGGCGUCCAAGGCGAGUGUCGCGGAUGCCCCCGUGGGCCAGUCAUGGUCCAUGUGGUCCAAAUAUCUCAAUUCCAAAAGUUUCUCUUCCAGUUCCCCCUCUGGAGGAGGAGCACUCAAAUCUUGGCUUCAUAGCGAUUCCAUGAAGCUCAAGAAAGAAGAUAUGGGGCUCUUCGGAUUCUGUCCACUCAGGGAUGAGUUCACGCUUGCGAUUUGCAAUAUCUGCCAUGUUGCUGUCAAGCCACAGGCAUUCAAGACUCAUAUGGAUAAGAAGCACAAAACCAGGGGUGAUGGGAAUGCAAUACCAGAGCUUGACAAGAGCAUCACUCUCCAAGGCACCUCAAAGGAAACAUCAGGGCUUCGUUCCAAGAAGACAAAACGAUCAAAGGCAACCAAGGCUGAUAAUACCAUCCCUGUGAUAAGCAUUCCAGAAAUCCCUGUUCCUCGGGCUCGUGUAUUGACGGAGAGCAAGGCUACCCUCCCGUCGCCGCAGAAACCCCCUCCUAUACCCGAGGAUGAGUUAGAAAACGUGGCCAAGUGUGCAAGUGAAGAAGAGGCUUUCAGCGAUGGGAAACCUCUGGCCAAGCGGCUGAAAUUGGCCCCUGUGGACAGUAGGCUUCGGAAUGGAGCUUGUGAUCCUGUGAUAGUGCCUUUGAGUCGUCAAGAUACACUCCCCAUGAAUGAGGCGCCUUCCCAAGGGAGCUCCACAGUCCCAUCAUCCAGUGAUAGCAGUGCCAGUGGCAGUAAGAAGCAGCGGAAGCUGCUGCCCCUGAAGGAUCGGACGUUUGACCCCGAUCGGCAUUGCGGGGUCUGGAUCCCAGAGUUGAAUCAGCCCUGUGCCAGAUCUCUGACAUGCAAGACUCAUGGAAUGCUUGCUAAGAGGGCUGUCCAAGGCAGAAGUAAGUCUUAUAAGGAGUUACUGGAGGAGCAUCGAUCUGCCAAGGAUCCCAAUCGCAGCAAGCCCAGCACUCCCAGUUCAUCUGCUUCCAAGUCCCCUCAGGCGGGAGCAUUCCAGAGUCCAAGUCCUGUGACGGGACCAGUCAUGCCAGAACUGUCAUUGGAGUUACCAUCGUCACUGUUGGCCAGUGGACAUCUCGCCAGUACCCAGGUCUACCUCCCACCUCCUGUGUUGACGCUUGCCUCCUCUCUUCCGUUGAUGAACAUUCAGCCACAGCAGCAGCAGCACUCAGUCACCAUUCCUAUCACUCCGACUCCUGCGUCUGCAGCCGAACAACCAUCACUUGCGGCACGUGUCCAUCAUCAUUCUGGUCAUGAUGAUCCCUUCAGGGACAUUCCAGUCUCUCCUGAUCAUCCAAAGCCCCUUGCAGUGACUGGUUUCCGGAUGCGUCGCCUCGGAGGCACCCAGACAAUGAGACGUAACUUUGACCAUGCUCGGCGGGCCUUGACUGGUGCCGUCAGAGGUGUGAAACCAUCUCCAUCUCUGGUCUUCAAUCCCACUUCCUCAGCAUUGAACCUUCAGUCUGGUAACCACAGUGGUUCUCCACACCCUCUUGUGAGUGGGAAGUCGGUGUUGUUACGAAGACCUGUGCCCUCACCAUCUUCUGCACCAUCCCCACAACACAUCGUUCCCAUCCCUGUGUUCAAUGGACAGGCUAUACGGAGUGCCACCCCAACAACCUUACCACAAGGUGCCUCGUUGCUCCUAAAUAGCACAGGGCAGACAAAGCCACUCACUCAGUCUGUGGUCUUAAAUGCAGUACACACAGUGGCUUCAAACAUUGCUCCAAGGCAGACCAUCAGUAUGACAAAAGCUCCUGCUGGGAAUUCCUUACUUACGUGUCGUCCUGUUGUGAACAGCAUUCUCUUGGACCAGUUAAAUGGUGGGAACACUGCACUGCAGAAUGCAGGAACUCCCACACAAUAUGUGACAGUGAGUAUUCCUAAUGGAGUGACUCUGGGCACAGCCACUCAGCAGAUACAGAAGAAUUUGCUCAAAGUGGGUGUGACGAAUGCAUCCAUGUCCUCUGCUGGCAUGAAGCAGAGCAUUGUGAUUUCACCGGCAGCUUUCCAGACUCAGCCUGGCCCCAGUAUCUCAGCCGGUGGGGGAUGCGAGAGGCUGAAGGUUCAAUUGGACGGGUCUUUAUCUUCCCAGCAGGGCUUCCCCAUUACUGUCGAAUUUCCACGUCAAGCUUCUGCCAAUCCCAAUUCUGGUCAGAUAAUCACUGGUGGCCAGCCGGUGACCUACCUGACAUCUUUGCCUUCUUCGGGAACAUUGACAUUCCAACAGGUGCUCAAUCCCCAGAUGCUCAGUCAGCUGCAGCUGCCCCAAGGACAAGGUCCCAGUGGGAAGACGCUGAUGACGACGUCGAGCAAACUCGCCCCAGCUGGGACCAACCUCCCGCUGCGCAUCUUCACCUCCAAGCAGCUGGCAGCCCCCAUCCCCCAUGAUCAAAAACCCAAUUCCUGAUCCAUUCAGUUGAUAAUUCUCUUCAAUCUCCCUAUGGUCUUCUCCUCGACCUUCUCCUUUGUCUUCUACUUCCGAUUCGGUGCUUGACCCGGACUGAGAAUCGUAUCCACCAUCGGUCGAGUGCCAAAUCGGACCGAUCCUCAGUCCCGACAAGAACUCGAUACGCUUGUUGUGAGCACGUGGGGACCGUCGGAAGGUCCCGACGUGACCGUUUGAUGCCGUCUGUGAUCUCUCUCGUCGAUCUGAUGGGGCGUGCGUGUCGAUCGCAGAGGGGAAUCCCGUCUUUCAGCGUACCCAUGGCACGAACAUGUGUCUCUCACACGACGACGGGUUCCGUCCAACUGGCACAUGUCAAAAAUGUUUUAAAGUAUCACGGGGAAAAGAAAAAAGCGCUUGAACAACAAGUAAAUAACCUACGAUGAAUUGAUGAUGUUGGAUAGUCUUUCAAAUGUGUCAUGGGUCCAUGCCUUGGAAAAUGCAGAAGGCAUUUACGAUGCAUCUCCUCGAUCCUCUGAAUCGAUCGUCCCCUCUGCCGUUCGACAUCGCGCCUCUCUUUGCCGGGGAUGCACCGGAUGUUGGGCGAUCGCCUGGCACCGGCUUGCAGGGUGACGUACCCCGACGUCAUCCCGACGACUGACUCGAAGAAUGAUGAGUUCAUUUCUGUCAGUAUAAAGACAAUGAGGUCGUAUUUUAUCAGGUAGCAAUAUGUGUCACCAGUCAGAGGCAAAAGUUUGGUCAGAGUAUGAUGAAUUUUCUUAGUCCCAAAAGUUAAGUUAAGGGGGGGUGGGAUAUUUUCCUUUAAUUUAUUUUUUAUUGAUCUACUCACAUUCAUGUUCCUUUCAGAUGGAUUAAUUUUUAUCCUUCAUGUCUAUGCCAUCAACAGGUCAAACGUUCAACACCGGACACCAUGCUGCAUCUGUUAAAGCCCAUAUCUGGUGCAUCCCUGCACUCUACCACUCUACCUUGUCUCUCUACUUUUUCUUCCCCCCCCCCCCCCUCUUCUCCUGUCGCUUUUUCUCGUUUUUUUUUUUAAAUCCCUAU